CCCUUUGCCAGGGGAGGCUUUAAAAGGGACCAUGCACAUGCCCAGCUUUCACUCUCACAUCAGGACGUCCCAAGGGCAUCGAAGCGAGCAGACGAGAUGACUCACCACUGCACCAAGUUUUCUGGCCAUUGGAAGAUCAUCGUGUAUGAUGAGGAGUGCUUCCAGGGCCGUCAUCAUGAGUUCACCUCCGAGUGCUGCAACGUGAUGGAGUUUGGCUUCGAGAGCGUGCGUUCACUGAGGGUGGAGAGUGGAGCGUGGGUCGGUUAUGAGCACGCUUCUUACCAGGGUCAUCAGUUUGUGCUGGAGCGUGGAGAAUAUCCUCAGUGCGACUCCUUUGGAGGAAGCAAUGCUUACCACAUCGAGAGAAUGACCUCCUUUAGACCAAUCUCCUGCGCCAACCACAGGGAGUGCAGAAUGACCAUCUACGAGAGGGAGAAUUACCUGGGCCGUAAAGGCGAGCUGAGCGACGAUUAUCCUUCCCUUCAGGCUAUGGGAUGGUGCAACAACGAAGUGGGUUCUCUGCGUGUUCAGUCCGGAGCGUUUGUGUGCUACCAGUUCCCUGGUUACCGUGGAUACCAGUACAUCAUGGAGUGCGACCGCCACUGUGGCGAGUACAAACAAUUCCGUGAGUUCGGUUCUCAUUCCCAGACUCCUCAGAUCCAGUCCAUCCGCCGUAUCCAGCAGUAACGCAUCCCUGCUCCCUGCCAAAUCUCUCAUGCCCCUUUCUGCCCAAUGCUAAAUAAACUGUCUUUCUAAAACCUCA